UUGGUUCACUUCUGUCUAUUUCUCCCUCCCCUCGCUGCGUUCUCUCUUCUAUCCCAAACUCCGUCGACGCGAAAACAUAAAUCUACUUGCAAUUGCAAUGGACGGCCAUCGAAGUAAAGCUUCAUCCCCUAAAACGAAGAGGAAAACGAGGAGAAAAACGAAGAGGAAAACGAGAAAAGUGGAUGACCCAGGGCCAGAUAGAUUUAGUAAGCUGCCGGACGAGGUGCUGCUUCUGAUCAUCGAGCGUUUGCCGCUGGACGACGCUGUUCGAACAGGUGCGCUCUCUACCAGGUGGAGAAAUCUCUGGAAGGAUGUCGCUGAAGUCCUUAUUACAUGUCCCUCGGAAACUAUCUCCGUUUAUACGGGGGCCGGAGGCGGUGGGGAUAGGCAAUUUAGCCCCAUACCUUGGCGUUUGGAAUGUCUCUCAGAAAAAAUCACUGAUUCCUUGUACAAAGUCAGUCGCCCUAAUAUUAAGAAAUUCACGUUUAGCAUUAUGACCGAUCGUUUUUACCGAGAUGCUCUGGAGGAUGAUCCCUGGCUUACCUGGGCUCACUCGCGUAACGUUAAAGUUGUUUCGAUGGAAUUGCACUCGGUCAGGUUCUAUGCCCCAGAGUGUUUCUGCAGUAACUCAGCUCUUGAGGAGUUGUACAUUGGGGGAAGUACGCUAUUUUCAUUUUGGGUCGACUCCAUAAGUUGGAAUUCGCUCAAUAUUCUGUCCCUUUCGAGACUGUAUAUUACCGAAAAGGACAUGCAUAUAAUACUGCAGGGCUGUCCUGUUCUAGAAAGUUUGGAUCUAAGCAAUGUUGAGAUUUUUUCGCCUCAGCGUGAAUCCUUGAACAUUAAUGGAGCUUUGUAUAAACAUAAUCUUCCGUCACUGCUCAGGGCCAAUAUCGAUUUGGCAUAUGUAGUGGGUUAUGAUGAUGAUUUGGAUGAGGAGGAGUUGAUAAUAAUUGGGGGCACUCAUAUAUUGGAAAGUGCUGUCAAUGUUGAGGAACUUACUCUAGGUCCAUUCCAUGUUCAGGCCUUGUCUCUGAAGAAAGUUUUGGGCAAACUUUGUCCAUCGUUCAUGAAUUGCAAGCAUAUGACCUUUUUGACAUUUUUCUUCGAAUAUGAACUGUCCGGUAUUGUACAUCUUCUUGAAAACUCUCCAAAUUUAGAGACGCUAUUGAUAAAUGUGGAGCAUGGAGCACCUUUGUACUAUUGGGAGGAAGAUGCUGAAAAUUUCAUUCGAAGUGCUUGGGAUAUCAAUGGAGCUGAAUACCUGAACACACAAACUGGACAAUUCCAGCGAUUGAAGUAUGUUGAAAUUCGGCAUAUCACUUUCUCGUGUUCUCAUUCAUUCAACACGCGGAAUGUCAACGCUGAACGCUUCGACUCACACCUUGCGGCUUAUAUUAUGGUGAACUCGCCUUCCCUGGAAAAGCUGAUGAUCGCCUUCCCGAGGGUUGACAAUAUACCCCAAUGGUGCUCCAUAGACUGUCUUUUCAAAUUUUUCUCCAGAAUCUAUGAUCAAUUUACACUUCUCUCUCAAAAUCAAUUUGCAGAUGAUAGAUGGGAAGUAACCAUUGAUAAGUUUCAUUUUGAGAUUAGAUGCCGCAAAAGGGUAUCUUCAUCCUCAGUCUAGCGUUGCCAUAGCUUAAUGCAAUAGGUUGCUGUUGAGCAUGUCUUUAUGUGUAAAUAGGGUAUAAGUUUGGAAAACCAGUUGUCAAUAUUGUUUAUUUAUUUACUAGCUUAUAACCUGAGUUAUGCAGA